CGCAGGAUGACCUCCGGCCCGGUUCAGGCUGGCAGGGGGCCGCUACACGUCAGCACGUCGGCGCGUCUGACGGCGAUCAGAGCGAAGUCCACUCGGGGAACCGAACUCUGCCUGCGGGGAUCUGCGCCGUCCACAGCCCGCCGUCAUGCCUCGGUGUUCCGGCAGACCCCCGCUGCCUGCGCGGUUCUCCGCAGCCGGCAUCCUGUGCGCUCUGGCGCUGUGCGUCACACCUGUGGCUCCGCACCCGCAGUGUUUGGAUUUCAAGCCGCCUUUCCGCCCGCUGCGGGAGCUGCAGUUCUGCGUGAUGUACAAGGAUUUCGGCUGCUGUGACUAUCAGAAGGACCAGGAGCUCAUGGCGAAGUUUAACCGGAUCGUGGACAACUUUGAUUACCAUGGAUACGCCAGCUGUGCGGGGUAUGUUAUGGAGCUGCUCUGCCAGGAGUGUUCACCGUAUGCAGCUCACCUUUUCGACGCUGAGGACCCGAGCACUCCUCUUAGAACCAUCCCAGGACUCUGUCCCGACUACUGCUCCCAGAUCUGGAGCAAGUGUCACUUUGCCAUCCCACUCCUGUCCAAUGACUCCAGUAUAAUAAGUUCCAAAGAUAACCAGACUCGUCUCUGCCAGCAUCUGCAACUGGAUGAUGCUGACUACUGCUAUCCCCACCUGCUCAGCAACCAGAGGCUCACGAAGGACCUGGGGCGGGUUCAGACCGACGUAGACGGCUGCCUCUACUUGUGUCUGGAGGAAGUGGCUAAUGGGCUGAGAAAUCCUCUCGCAAUGGUGCACGCCAACGACGGCACGCAUCGAUUCUUUGUGGCAGAGCAGGUGGGCCUGGUGUGGACGUACCUUCCUGACCGCUCCAGAUUAGGGAAACCAUUUCUGAACAUCACUAAGGCGGUGUUGACCUCAUCCUGGGAGGGUGACGAGAGAGGUUUCCUGGGAAUCACCUUCCACCCCAAAUACAAGUACAAUGGGAAGUUGUACGUGUAUUACUCUGUAGAGGUGGGGUUCGAUGAGAGAAUAAGAAUCAGCGAGUUCAAGGUGUCAUCGCAUGACAUGAAUAUGGUGGAUCAUACCUCGGAGCGAGUUCUUCUGGAGAUUGAUGAGCCAGCGUCCAACCACAACGGAGGGCAGGUGUUGUUUGGAGAUGAUGGUUAUCUGUACAUCUUCACAGGUGACGGUGGAAUGGCAGGAGACCCAUUUGGGAAAUAUGGAAAUUCUCAAAACAAGUCAGCCCUCUUGGGAAAGGUUCUUCGCCUUGAUGUUGAUGACAACGAAAAAGGCCCGUUGUACAAAAUCCCUCCAGACAACCCUUUUGUACACAUGCAGGGAGCAAGACCUGAGGUCUAUGCCUAUGGUGUUCGCAAUAUGUGGAGGUGCUCAGUGGACCGCGGGGACCCAAAAACCAAAGAGGGCAAAGGACGAAUCUUCUGUGGGGAUGUGGGCCAGAACAAGUUUGAGGAAGUGGACAUCAUUGAGAAAGGCCGGAACUACGGCUGGAGAGCAAAAGAGGGAUUUUCCUGCUACGAUAAGAAGCUGUGUGCCAACAGCUCCCUGGAUGAUGUCCUGCCAAUUUAUGCUUACCCCCACAAGAUGGGCAAGUCAGUGACGGGGGGUUAUGUAUACCGUGGCUGUGAAUACCCCAACCUGAAUGGCAUGUACAUUUUUGGAGACUUCAUGAGUGGACGUUUGAUGAGCCUGAAGGAGGACACAAGCACAGGAACAUGGAACUAUAAUGAGAUUUGCAUGGGAAUGGGGCUGACAUGUGCGUUCCCUGGACUCAUCAACAACUAUUACCCGUAUAUCAUCUCUUUUGGAGAAGAUGAAUCUGGUGAGUUGUACUUCAUGUCCACUGGAGUACCGCGAGCCACUGCCCGAUCGGGAGUCGUUUAUAAAGUGGUGGAUCCAUCCAGGCGCGCUCCACCAAGACAGUGUCACUAUGACCCACUUCCUGUCAGAGUUAAAAGCAAUCUCAUCAAAUUUGUACCUCAAGAAACAUUGAUUGGUGUUGACCUGCCAAAUAACAAGGUUGAGCCACAGCCCACUGAGCCCUCUGACUGGCUUCAAGAGCUCAUUGAUCAACUUGGAACAUCUCUGACUACAACCACACCGAUACCAACCACGACCAGAUCGUCCAGAAGCACGAAGAGGAAAGGCAAGCGUAAGAAGGGAAAACACAGAACAGCGGCGGUUCCUGAGCUUCACAACGGAGCGGUGAGGUUGGUCAAUGACGAUCAAGAAGGCAAGGAUCGUGGACGAGUAGAGAUCUACAUUAAUGGGGAGUGGGGGACGGUCUGCGAUGACUUGUGGACUAUUAAAAAUGCUGAGGUGGUUUGUCGACAGCUAGGAUUUCGGUACGCUUUAAGAGCAUCCAGGAAUUCAGAGUUUGGUGAAGGGAGGGGUCUGCGGAUUCUUCUGGACGAUGUUCAGUGUGUAGGGACAGAGUCCAGUCUGCUGACCUGCACACAUGCCGGCGUGGGAACGCACAACUGCGCCCACUAUGAAGACGCUGGAGUCAUCUGCGCCAACUCAGAGCACGUUGUUGAAGCCUAAAGGCCUGACUGUGGCAUGGUCACCAGGAACUAAGUGGUUGUUAAAUCUAACAGAAUUUCCCUAAAUCUGCAUGUUUUUAUGAAUAUGAGCUAAAACUGCUGUGUUGUUGUACAGUUAUGACAAAAAUCUUUCAGUGAUUGUAAGGAGACAGUUAAAAGCUUAAGGACAAACUUUCAGGAUCUUAAUGACCUAGCUAACGUCAGCGGUGAUGAAGAUGAAGAUCUAUUUAAACUUUAAAUAAAACUUUUGAUUUGUUCCCAAGAUGCUGGAAUAAUCUGAGUCUAGAUUAUUUGCUGUUUGUACAAUUUGCUUGAAGAUGUAAAUAAACAAUUUUUGGUUCUCA